CUCGCAGAACCGGAAUCGAAUGAACUGAACGAGCUUCCUGUACAAUUUUACUUUUUCGAGGAUGAGAUAUUAGUCAGUGAAUCUGAACAGUCCGAUGGCCAAUUUGUAGAGGAAAUGUAUCAAUCAAAAGCACCUAUCCAAGACGAUGAAGUCUAUGAAAUAUCAGGCGAUGAAACCGAACAAUCCGAUUGCCAAAUUGAAGAUAGUCAAGAUAUUGAUAGUAAUCACAAUAACCAGAAAACAGAUGAUAAUACGAAUUCUGGCAAUGAUAAAUCUCUGGUGUGUCCCUAUUGUCAAAAGAUCUACCAACGUAAAUGGAAUCUAAAAUUGCACAUUCGAACGCACAGUGGUGAACGGCCCUACAAAUGUUCCCAGUGUACGAAAUCAUUUACCCGAAGUUGUUAUCUCAUAAGCCACAUGGCGGAUCAUACGGGGGAGCUACCUUUUAAAUGUCGCUACUGUCCCAGGGCCUACCGAUUUAGAUCGAGUUGCUCACGACACAUGCAACGACACAGGGAUGCUUUAAAGGAUGAUGUUCAAUCUCCUGAAGAGAAACAGUCAAAAACUCUAGAAGUAAAAGAUCCCACAAAGGAGUCCCACAUAAUGACACACACUGGGACAGAACCAAAACUGAUGCCCAGUGAAGACCAUUCCUAUACCUGCAGUGUCUGCCUAAAGACUUUUAAUGAUCAUGCUUCUCUUAUGGUUCACAACAUUACUCAUAAAGCGAAGUCUAUGUACAAGUGUCCCAUUUGCCCAAUGUCCUUCGAUCUAGCACACGAAAGGAAUCGACACAGCCGCACGCACGAGGGAGAAAAGGCCUUCAAGUGUACCCACUGUCACCGGAGUUAUAGGCAACUGAAGGAACUCAAUCGGCACAUCCGGGCUCACACGGGAGAAAAGCAGUUUGAGUGUGAUCACUGCCCCAAAUCAUUUGUUUAUGUUUCUCAUCUCAACCAGCACCUGCGUUGUCAUUCGGCUGAACGGCCACAUAAAUGUGAUAUCUGCUCAAUGACCUUCAGGCGAAUGGAUGGACUAAAAAGACACCUCCAGUUUCACGGCGAGGAAAGGCCGUAUAAAUGCGAUUAUUGCCCAAAGACCUUCAAGUACACAGCUUCCGUUCGGAUGCAUAUCCGUGUUCACACGGGCGAACGGCCAUUCAAGUGUCGCGAGUGCGAAAAGACUUAUAAACAACCCUGCGAUCUCAAGCGGCACAUGCGGACUCACACGGGCGAAAGGCCGUUCAAAUGUGAUUAUUGUGAGAAGGCAUUCACAGAUCUUUCAACUGUGAAUGCUCACAUAAGGACACACACGGGUGAACGUCCCUACAAGUGCUCCUACUGCCAGAAAUCUUUUUCGCAGUUAUCUAGUCUUAAUAAUCAUUUAUUUAUUCAUAAGAGAGAGCUACAAAAUGGAGCUCAGGAAACGUAGGGCUUAUUUAGUUUAUUCAAUUAAUAGAUUUUUUUAAAAUAUUUUUUAGUUUGUACAUUUAAAAUACCAUGAAAACUAAAUGCCUCAUAACUAAGCAGGUUCUUGUUAUAUUUUUCGUGAACAUAAAUGAACAGUUCUUCACCUAAAAUAUUUUUUAAUAUCUAGAAGCAGACAAUAGUUAUUUAAGAGGAGUCGGCAUGAGAGAAUUUUAUUAACAGAACAUUUUUAAUAGGUUUUAUUUUACUUCAAAGUCCUUAUACAAUUCUUGGCGAAAUAAAAAAUAUAUGGACUAAAAAUA